CACUUUGGAUACAACAGUUACAGCGUGGUUGAAAUUAUCGAGUAUGGGGUAUUUUCCUCGGCUUCUUGAAUGUCGCAGACAGAGAUUUCUUGCGUGCGGGGUCAUCUUUGGAUUGUUUUGCGUCGCCUGGAUCUAUAUUAAUGUGCAAGGGCAGACUACAAUCGAAAACGUUUCUGGUGAUGUAAAACCUUCGUUUCUCGGUCAUCAUGGAGUAUCCGAGAAUGAGCGAAGAAUAUGGCGGAAAAAAUUCUUCGCCGGUGUAAAGAAAAUUCUGGGUCAAUUCAAGGAAAAUCGAAGCUAUCCGAGGGAGGGCCACGAAAAUGACACAAAGCUAUCAGAACUCAAACGUAUUCGUAGUCAUCCAAGGAAGAGUUUUGAAGUUGCAGCACACAAUGGUUUGUUUCACUUUUUUGAACCUGGGUCAUGUGACGCUAUUUCCCCAGAAAUGGUGCUGUAUAACAGGAUAUUUAAGACAGGCAGUGAGACGGUGAGAACACUAUUUCAGUUUGUGGCAACAGUGAUGGAUUAUGACUAUGCCAAGAGAACGACUGAAGAUUUUUAUGAUGAGGGCAUCUCUGAUCCUUACCCAAUGAUCAUUGAGCGAGCAGCCCGUGCCAUUGGUAAUAACAUCUUUUACAACGCACACUUUUAUUUCCGCGAUAACUUGAAAAUUCAACGGACUCAUACGUACAUCAAUCAGGUUAGAGAGCCAGUUUCCAGAUAUAUAUCUCAUUACUCUUACAUGCACAAUACAAGGCAUCGACCUGCGUGGCGAAUAAACAAGAUGAUUCGAAAUGGAGAGUUGAACGAGACAAUCCAGCAGUGCUUCGAGAGAGAAAGUCAAGGAUGUAAGAAAAAUUUGAUGACGCGUUUCUUUUGCGGUCCUGAGAAAUUUUGUAAAAACGAUGGAAGGAGAGCUCUUAAAAGAGCCAAAGAAAAUAUUCUUAAGCACUAUGUAGUUGUGGGAUUGUUGGAGCACUUUCACCUCACUUUAAAGGUUCUACAAAGGCGUCUACCUUACUUUUUACCUGUUUUCCCGAGGAAUUCUGAUGUUAAAAUGAACCAAGCUGUUAAGAGAAGUUCCAACUUUGUGAGUGAGGAAAUGAUGUUAAGGAUUAAACAAGCAAAUUGGGCAGAUGUUGAACUUUACGACUUUGUCAAGCAAUUGUUUUGGAGACAAGUAACAGCGUGUGGGGUAUCAUGAGAGAAGUAUUUGAUGAGAUAAAAACCUACGUCGAAUUCUAAUAAGCAUUAUUAAUCGCCUGAUGUGGGGGUUGCAAGAAUUUUAUGGAAGGGAGGGGUCAGAUGGUUUCCAGAGGAACUGGGGAGAGUUCAGUCGUCGCUUACAAAGUAUAAUUAAAAAUGGGGACUAGUAUAGAAAUUAACUGAGUCUAAAGAGGGAUCAUUAGAAUACUACAGAGCCUUAUGGGGAGCGGAGUGGGUCAGGUAAAUUUUAUCAUGACACAAGCAAAAUCCUCCGAACACCCUCCCCCCCUAAAGGGAAAAAAAGUAAUGGCUAAUUCCUCAUUUCUAGGAAGUUUCUAUUCUUCGGUAUCGGUAAUGGUAAUGACAAGUUCCAUUGACUGACUAUUACUGAUAGGAAACGAGCUCAUGGGGACUCAGAGCUUUUCAUUUGUCCCACGCUCGUGGCAAGACGAAAAAUAUCAUUUCUUUA